AUGACUGGAAUAAAUGAUAUACGUAUUAUUGAUUUUUUUUGCUCAAGCCAAUUAAUCAGAAGAGUCCUUCUGCAGAAGCUUCCCACCAAGUGCCUUCUUUAUUGGAAGUGCACUAAGAAGCAAAGGGCUUUUUUAGUGGUGGCAUCCCAGAUGUGGAAUGUCCUUCCUAAAGAGAUUUGUGUGAUGCCUACAUUUCUGCUGUUUUUCUUCCAGACACAGAAUCUAGGAACUCAGCAGCGAACAAAGGUGGAUGUUCCUGAUCAUGUUCUUUACACUGUCGGCUCUUGUGUUCUUGUAAUUGGCUCUGUUGGAAUUACAGGAAACCUCCUUGUUCUCUAUGCAUUUUUCAGCAACAAGAGGCUGAGGACUCCAGCAAACUAUUUCAUAAUGAAUUUAGCAGUAAGUGAUUUCCUGAUGUCUGCAACUCAGGCUCCCAUCUGCUUUCUCAACAGCAUGCACAAAGAAUGGAUACUUGGAGAAAUAGGUUGUAACUUGUAUGCUUUUUGUGGGGCACUUUUUGGAAUAACCUCGAUGAUGACCUUAUUAGCUAUUUCAGUUGAUCGCUACUGUGUUAUUACUAAGCCUCUGCAGUCCAUAAAAAGGACUUCAAAGAAGCGCUCGUGCAUAAUCCUUGUCUUUGUUUGGCUCUACUCACUGGGAUGGAGUGUGUGCCCACUGUUUGGGUGGAGCUCCUAUAUACCAGAGGGUUUGAUGAUCUCUUGUACAUGGGAUUAUGUAACCUAUUCUCCAGCAAACAGAAGUUAUACCAUGAUGUUAUGUUGCUGUGUGUUCUUCAUCCCUCUGAUCGUAAUCUUCCAUUGCUAUAUAUUCAUGUUUCUGGCAAUUAGGAGUACUGGCAGGAACGUCCAGAAAUUAGGAUCAACCUAUAAUAGGAAAUCCUCUGUCUCCCAUUCCAUGAAGAGUGAAUGGAAGCUAGCAAAAAUUGCUUUUGUGGCCAUUGUAGUGUUUGUUUUGUCGUGGUCUCCAUACGCUUGCGUUACUCUGAUUGCGUGGGCAGGCUAUGCCAGGACCUUAACUCCAUAUUCUAAAUCUGUGCCUGCCGUCAUCGCCAAAGCUUCUGCAAUCUACAAUCCCAUAAUCUAUGCAAUCAUUCACCCAAGAUACAGGAGAACCAUUCGAAGUGCUGUUCCUUGCUUGAGAUUUCUUAUACGGGUAUCAAAAAGUGAUCUUUCGACAAGUUCUGUCAACGAGUCAUCAUUCAGGGCUUCUGUGUCAAGCCGUCACUCUUUUGCUUCCAGGAACAAGAGCAGUUGUGUUUCUUCCAUUUCUACUGGAGGAACAGCAUGGGGUGAUGUGGAGCUUGACCCUGUGGAGCCAGUCCAUAAGAAACUGCAACCCCAUCAGAGUAACUCUCUUUCAUCAAAAGCAGAAGACGAGAAGAGUGGGUUGCUCAUAAAGGCAGAUACCUCCAAUCUACCAACUGGAGAAAAGCUGGCAUUGUCCUCCCUCAGUCUAGAGAAUUCGCUUGGGAGUUCCCUCGGAGCAAACACCUCAGAACUGCUUCUCAUGAGCAGUUCUUUAAGAACAUCUUCUCUUCCGCUUGGCUUGAAUAAUAGCACCGGGGAGAGUACAGACACUUCUCAAGUGGAAGCUCAAGAAAACCCAAUAAACGGAAGCUUGGACUCCUUCAUAAGCCCUAUCAUCCCACAAAUUGUCAUUGUUCCUACCUCAGAGACCACUCUCUCUGAAGGGCAAGCUGAGCCAGUAAAAGGACAAGAGGAAAAUGCUGAUUUACUUUUCUCUCAAGGGAAGAAUCACCUGUUGGACAUAGGAAGGCUCAGCUCCACCACUGACCUCCUUGAAGCAAUUGAGAAGCUUCUGUCAUAAAUAUAGAAGAGAAUAGCUAUCUGGUCUCUUGGCUGCUUCUUUGCAUUAUUAUACCAAAACCAAAAACUGAGAGCCUUGUAGAUUAAAACAGAGGACUUUUUAUAU